GAAGUCUCCCUGGGACCUGUAGCCGCGGCGGGCCGGCGGCGGUGGUGGACUGGGGCUGUAGCCGCCAUGGGCAAAAGAGACCGGGCGGAGCGCGAUAAGAAGAAGUCCAAGAAGCGGCACUAUGAGGACGAGGAAGAAGAUGAAGACGACGCCCCCGGGAACGACUCUCAGGAGGCGGUGCCCUCGGCGGCCGGGAAGCAGGUAGAUGAGUCCGGCACCAAAGUGGAUGAGUAUGGGGCCAAGGACUACAGGCUGCAGAUGCCGCUGAAGGACGACCACAGCUCCAGGCCCCUCUGGGUGGCUCCUGAUGGCCACAUCUUCUUAGAAGCCUUCUCUCCAGUUUACAAAUAUGCUCAAGACUUCCUGGUGGCUAUUGCAGAGCCAGUGUGCCGACCAACCCAUGUACAUGAGUACAAACUAACUGCCUACUCCCUGUAUGCAGCUGUCAGCGUUGGGCUGCAGACCAGUGACAUCACUGAGUACCUCAGGAAGCUCAGCAAGACGGGAGUACCUGAUGGGAUUAUUCAGUUUAUUAAGUUGUGUACUGUCAGCUAUGGAAAAGUCAAGCUGGUCCUGAAGCACAACAGGUACUUCGUUGAAAGCUCCCACCCCGAUGUCAUCCAGCAUCUUCUCCAGGAUCCAGUGAUCCGGGAAUGCCGCCUGAGGAACUCCGAGGGGGAGGCUACCGAGCUCAUCACAGAGACUUUCACAAGCAAAUCUGCCAUUGCUAAGACUGCUGAAGGCAGUGGUGGGCCCUCCACUUCCCGGGUGACAGAUCCACAGGGUAAAUCUGACAUCCCCACGGACCUGUUUGACUUUUAUGAGCAAAUGGACAAGGAUGAGGAAGAAGAAGAAGAGACACAGACGGUGUCUUUUGAAGUCAAGCAGGAAAUGAUUGAGGAACUCCAGAAACGUUGCAUCCACCUGGAGUACCCUCUGUUGGCAGAAUACGACUUCCGGAAUGAUUCUGUUAACCCUGAUAUCAACAUUGACCUGAAACCCACAGCUGUCCUUAGACCGUAUCAGGAGAAGAGCUUGAGGAAGAUGUUUGGGAAUGGGCGUGCACGUUCGGGAGUCAUUGUUCUUCCUUGUGGUGCCGGGAAGUCCCUGGUUGGCGUGACAGCUGCGUGCACCGUCAGAAAACGCUGUCUGGUGCUGGGCAACUCAGCUGUGUCUGUGGAGCAGUGGAAAGCCCAGUUCAAGAUGUGGUCCACCAUCGAUGACAGCCAGAUCUGCCGCUUCACCUCCGACGCCAAGGACAAGCCUAUAGGCUGCUCCAUUGCCAUUAGCACCUACUCCAUGCUGGGACACACUACCAAAAGGUCCUGGGAGGCUGAGCGAGUCAUGGAGUGGCUCAAAACUCAGGAGUGGGGCCUCAUGAUCCUUGACGAAGUACACACCAUACCAGCCAAGAUGUUCCGACGGGUGCUCACCAUCGUGCAGGCCCACUGCAAGCUGGGUUUGACUGCAACCCUCGUCCGGGAAGAUGACAAAAUUGUUGACUUAAAUUUUCUGAUUGGGCCCAAGCUCUAUGAAGCCAACUGGAUGGAGCUGCAGAACAACGGCUACAUCGCCAAAGUCCAGUGUGCUGAGGUUUGGUGCCCGAUGUCUCCUGAGUUUUACCGGGAGUAUGUGGCAAUCAAAACCAAAAAACGAAUCUUGCUGUACACCAUGAACCCCAACAAAUUCAGAGCUUGCCAGUUUCUGAUCAAGUUUCAUGAAAGGAGGAAUGACAAGAUUAUUGUCUUUGCUGACAAUGUGUUCGCCCUGAAGGAAUAUGCCAUUAGGCUGAACAAACCCUAUAUCUAUGGUCCUACAUCCCAGGGAGAAAGGAUGCAGAUUCUCCAGAAUUUCAAGCACAACCCCAAAAUCAACACCAUCUUCAUAUCCAAGGUGGGUGACACAUCGUUUGAUCUGCCAGAGGCAAAUGUUCUCAUUCAGAUCUCAUCUCACGGUGGUUCCAGGCGGCAGGAGGCCCAGAGGCUAGGGCGGGUUCUCCGAGCCAAAAAAGGGAUGGUCGCAGAGGAGUACAAUGCCUUCUUCUACUCGUUGGUGUCCCAGGACACACAGGAAAUGGCUUAUUCAACCAAGAGGCAGAGGUUCUUGGUAGAUCAGGGUUACAGCUUUAAGGUGAUCACAAAGCUUGCUGGCAUGGAAGAGGAAGAGCUGGCGUUUUCAACGAAAGAAGAACAGCAGCAGCUCUUACAGAAAGUCCUGGCAGCCACCGACCUGGAUGCUGAGGAAGAGGUGGUGGCGGGAGAAUUUGGCUCCAGAUCCAGCCAGGUAUCUCGGCGCUUUGGCACAAUGAGCUCCAUGUCUGGGGCCGACGACACCGUGUACAUGGAGUACCACUCGUCCCGGAGCAAGGCUUCCGCGAAGCACGUGCACCCGCUUUUCAAGCGCUUCAGGAAAUGACGCUCACAGGUCCUGUCGGGGACAGCUGGUGCUCUGCACCGACGCUGGAAAGGGAUUUCCAAUGUGAUUUUUCUUUCCACAGCUGUGUUCUUUCCUCCAGCCUUGGCCCAGCUGAUCUGGAGUCAAUAUCUGCUGACUGUGUUGAAGAAAAUGCAUCAAGAGCUUGGUUCUGUCUUCAUGGGUCAUCCAGGGUUUUAAAACGAGGGAGCGGGGGGAUAAAUUUUUUGGUCUUUUCAGACCACUUUUUAAACUUGUUGGAGAGUGGUCAUUCCUGUAUAUAAAAAUUUGUAAUAUUUAAGGUGUAUUUAUCUUAAUGUUCUCCUGAAUAAACAGGAGCAGAACAUUUAACCACUCUUCAUCAUAGGCAUGGGUUAUGUCUAGAUGACAGACCUCCCUCAGGGCCCCACUUUGUAGCAGGCACAGAGGAGUAACAUGGGACCCAUCCCCAGGGAGCUGCUGGCGAGACAAGAAGAGAAGACUUGCCACUGGGUGUGGAAGUGGUGACACAGGAAAGGCCCCAAGGAGCUUGGGAAGGGUGGUCCAGAGAGGGAAGAGCCUGCGGAGUUUGCAGUCCUGCCUGUUCACUGUCCAGCUCAGGUGGAUCCACUGCAGGUGCCCGCAGCGCGUAGGUCCUCUGGGGCACCUGAAGGCCAUCACCUCCUUAGGAAGCCACGGGCACACAGCUCCUGACAUUUGAUCUCUGAGACAAUGAUCUCCUAUUUCUCCCCAAAAAUAACAUUUCUGAUAUUGCUGGGAGGCUGGAUUCCUCUUGUCAUAGCAGUUUAGGACCCUUGGGUCUUUGAUGGCUAGUUCCUUUAAUCUGAAAAAUGUCUUUGGGCCUUUUUUCUCAUGUUUCUGGUAUGAAAGAAAAGGUGUUAAGGAAAAGACAGAUAAGGCAGGAUUGCUCCAUAAAAGAAAGACACACACAAGGCAUAGGUCAUGAAGAAAAACUUGUUCUUCUGAGGAGGCUUAUUCUAAUAGGCAACAGCGCUGCCCCUGGGGAGUGUUGACAGCCUGUGCUAAAUCAGGCCUCUGCAUUUGGAGUCCCUGGCCGCCUCUGCAGCUCAGCUCAGCAGGCCAUCUCCUGUUGUUGUCAGUGCGCACGCCUGUCCUGCUCCCCAGAGCAGCCGCAGACCAGCCCCGGGGAGAAGGCAGUACCCAUCUUGUCAGCAGUGCUUUGAAGCAAGAGCCACCUUCCCUGAAUUCUGCUUCUCUGAGCUAACUUUUUGGGGACAAACACACUCUCAUAGUCUGGCCAGCAGUUGGUGCCGACAGGCAGCUAGCCGCUGUGUCCGUGCAAACCCCAGAAAUGGCCCUGAGCAAGCAGACCUGAGGCCUUUGCUCAGGCACGCACGCACUGAGGCCUGCAGACCUGCCGGUCACUCACCCAGUGGGCUGGCACCCAAAUGUCUCCAACUUGAUUAUAACCAUGAUUGUUUCCGGAUUCUCAUCUCCUGUCACACCUUUAUGCUUAAAAUACUCAAACAAUACAAAACACUUAUUGUAUUUUCACAUUUGUGUCCUUGGUGGUCACUGUUUUCUUGUUCCCUAACCUGUCUACUGACAAUGUUGAAUUUUACCUGAGCCCUGUGAUCCUGGAAAACAGGGACUGUUAAAGAAAUCCCCCAUCUUCUGUGUUCUGGAAAACAGCUUACUGCAAAGAACCACCCUUCCACAUGUGACUUAGAUAAGACUCAUGGAUGCCCCCCUGGCUUACCUGUGACAGGGCCAGACACACACCUUCCAAAUUCCCAUUCUUUACCUCAAAUGAUUAGCUGAAUUGCUUGUCCCCAGUGAUCACUUGGAACAAAAUGCUUGUUAACCAAACCUUGGUUAAGAUUCUCUCCCUCCCCCAGGCCCCUGAGCUUUGGCCCACCCUCAGCCUGCAGCCCCUCCUGAGAGCAGGCUGGACUCCUGUCUGACCAUGCCACUCCCAUUCACCCCACUUCCCGACACCCUCUUUCUGCUUGUUUCUUCCUCCCUGUAAGAGAAAAACUUUGUUGCCUAACCCUUGAGACACCCGCAGAUGCUACAGUCAGCAUGUUCUCCCUAUUGCAAUGGCGCCCCCCCCCCCCCCGCCCACUGCAAUAAUCCUUUCAAAU